UUGUUUCUGCUGUCGUCGACGCACAGGCUGAGUCCAUCUCCAUCCUGACUGGAUCACAGGACCGACAUCAUCAUCCACCAUCCACCAUCCACCCUGAGAAGGACAACGGCUCUCCAAAGUGUUAACACAGGGACAGGAUCUUUUUGGGGGUUUAUUUAUUUAUUUUUUGAAAGAAAAGCAGAAAUCACACCAAAAGCAUCAAGAUGCUGGCCUGUACAGAGAUUAUCACCAUGUGUCUUCAAUCUGCCAAGCACGAACACUUGAGGAAACAGCAGGAGCUUGACCACAAUCAAAAUCAAGGAAUCUCUCUGGUCCAGGAUAUAUUCCGCCGGGCAGACAAAAAUGACGACGGGAAGCUGUCCUUGGAGGAGUUCCAGUCGUACUUCACUGAUGGGAUCCUCACUGACGAGCAGAUGCAGGAGCUGUAUUACUCCAUCGACAGGCAGCAGACGGACAACCUGGACAUAGACAAACUCUCAGAGUACUUCACUCCACAUCUGGGAGAGUACGUCAGCGUCCUGUCGGCUCUAGAAAAGCUGAACGUGGCCAUUUUAAAGGCAAUGGAUAAAACUAAGGAGGAGUAUCAGGGUUCAUCAGUUCUGGGUCAGUUUGUGACACGCUUCCUGCUGAGGGAGACCUCCACCCAGCUGCAGUCCCUGCAGUCAUCACUGGACUGUGCGAUGGAGGCCGUUCAUGACCAGGGCUGCACAGGGAGGAGGAUAGUGAAGAAGCCUGAGGAACUGCCUAUCCAAAGGGUGGCCAAGCGCCCUGGUAGACGCAUCCAGAAAAACAUGUGUCUGUCCCCUACUGACCCUUACUCUGGCAUGCUCACCACAGGUGUCAGUGUGGAGUCAGACAACCACUGGGACACCCAGAUCAACCAACUGGAGCAGCUCAUGGACAAACUGGAAUGUGAGAGUCCACAUCUCGAACCUCUCAAAGAGGACACAUUGGCCGGGACGUAUAAAUCGAACAUACUUCUGGUCCAGAGACAAAUGUCCGUGAAGGAGAGAGAUGUGGAGCAGUUUCAGCAAGCUCUGAAAAUCUACACAGAUGCCACCUGCAGCCAGCUAAACAACCUGCACGUUUCAGUCCAGAACCUGCCAGACAGAUCAUGCUUCAUCAUGUAUGAAUUUUGGCAGGACCGUCUCUCCUGGAUGAGCUACCUGCAGUCGUCCAUCAGUAAGACCUUCCAGCGCUGCAUUAUCGACUCACUGGAAGAGCCAGAGAUGGUCUCCACCAUGCUUCUCCCAGCUUCUUGGUGGAUUAUGAACAACAACUGACGGAGCAAAGCUGCUGCUCUUCAACACAAUAAAAGCAGGAGGAAGAGCCGACUGUAUCAUCGUUUUAUCUUUUUUGUUCUUUGAUAUCCACUUUUUCCCCAUGGCAUGACCAGGAUUGUUUUUGCAAAGCUUUGCUCCGAGGUUAUAAAAAAGAAGACUGCUUGGAUAAAUCCGUCUAUAAAGUGAAACAAAUCAAACCCUUGGAGGAAAAAAAGAAAUUAGGGAAUGCAAUAGUUUAUUGUGUGAUCGGGAUCUGUGCCAAGAUUCAUGUACAGUAUUGGCUCAUUUCUUGUUUCUGAUUUAAUAGAAGAAAAAAAAAGAUUUGCAUGAUUUAUUAUUUCUCUGUGCUAGUUUAUUUCAAUCGAAACUACAUCCUAGAAUAGAUAUAAUGUCAGUGAUGCCACAAAAAUAGGAAGACGUGAAUGACAGCUGAUCUGUCCAUCCGUCACUAUCCAUCACUCACUCUUCAGUACAGACAAAAACAGAAAUAGUGGUAGGGUUGACUUGCAUUUCCCCUUGUUCUCUCUGUGGUAUUGUGCUUUGUGGUCUCCUUCAAAGCUUUGCAACCAAGCGUCUUUAUGUUGAUGGGUUAGACAACCAUUAGAUAGAGAGCAUAGUUAACGAACACUUAUGGUCCGCAUCUAAACUUUUAACAUCCGUGUGUCACUCCUGCACUUUAGAAAAACAUGAAACAUGGACCUAAUUGUGAAGAAUGGAUAUUACAUUGUUGAUUGUCUAUUUAAAAAUGUAGAAUUAACUGGUGUCAUAACGAGCCAAGAGCUUGUGGGCGAUAACAGUUCACCAAAUAAUUCUGCAGUUUGCCUGUACUGUUACUCAAGAGAUAAAAAUCAAAAGCCAUUAUAGUACAUUUGCAGUGUUUACUCAGAGUUUGACGGCACAACACACACCCAAAUAGAAGUUUAUAUUUUGAGUACAGAGAUUAAGCAGAAACCGUUCAGUGUAAUGUCAUUAGAAAGAAGGUCUUAAGAUUGUGUACAGUAGUUAACAAGGUUGUAAGAUGUACUGUAAGUAAUUGUUGUAGAACACUGGUAAAUGUACAGUAUGAUAAUAUAUUGAGUUUUGGUUGCUUUGAGGAGGUAUGAAUGUGUUCACUCUUUCUUUAAAGUUUUUAUUUUAUGAAGAAUAUACAGUUGUUAUGUGGAUGCUAUGUUUGUUUUUUGGCAUGAAAUAAAGUUCAUGACUUGUUGAUGACA